AUGAACCUGGAGCCGGCCCUGCAGGACUGCAGCGGGGUGGACUCUAUCACUUCCGGGUCACUUGUAUGGGGGGCGCUGCGCGGGACGCUGUGUCUGGGGAGGGCACGGACGUGUGUCUUCUCCCUGUCCCUGCGGAGCAGAGCGCCGCCCGGGCGUCAGGUUUCUGUACCUGAUGUGAAGUUUGUUCGUUUCGUCAGCACGUCCUCCACUCCAGUAAACCAUGAGGAGGACAGACUGGUUUACAUUGGAAACCUGGGAACGGCAGUGCUUGGGGUGAAGUUCUUCUCCUACUCUACCAGCGUGGUCAGCUUAAUUAUUCUGCCAAUGAUUUUUGCAAAUUCUGGCAUCGGAGUAGACAGUCUUCCAUUGAAGAUUGGUUUCUUCAGCAUAGUUGGAUUCUUCACCUUCAUUACUCCUGUUACUUUGCAUUUGUUGACCAAGGGCUAUGUGGUUCGCCUAUAUCACAACAAGGAGAGAGACCUUUAUACUGCAAUCACUUACAAUGCAUUUCUUAGAGAGAAAAGGACGGAGUUUUCCCCAGAAGAUGUUGAAGUACCUGGAGUGAGCAAGAUGUUCACCACAUUUUAUGCAAAGAAGAAAUCCAUGCUGAUAAAUCCAAUGUUAUUUCCCAAUUCCAAUGAUUAUCAGCACCUUAUGGGUUAUGAUAAACCCUUCACUUUUAAUUUAGAAGACCUAAAUCCUCCCUCUAAGGAAAAAUAAACCUUGUGUUUGUAAAGGUUAGGGAUCGACCGAUUAUCGGUUUGGCCGAUAUUA